AUGGCUCCACCGUGCCCUGACCGGUUGAGCGGCCUGCCGGACUGCCUCCUGCACGGCGUGCUCUCUGGCCUGGGGUCCCGGCAGGCAGUGCGGACAAGCUUGCUUUCCCGGCGGUGGAGGCAGCUCUGGCGCGACGUGCCCUGCGCCAACAUCGACGAGCGCGAGUUCGCCGACGACACAUGGGAGCGCUUCGAGGACUUCGCCGACCACAUGCUGACGUCGAUCCCACCGAAUACGCAACUCGACGCCUUCCGCCUGCAUCUGCUCAGAGGCAAGGACACCUACUGGAGCAGUUUCACCUUCCCCGACCGGUGGAUCCGCCGAGGCCUUCGGCACUUCCCGAUGACCAUCGACAUCCGCGCCGCCUCCCACAGCUUCUGGCUACCGUACUUGCCCUCGAUCUCACCGAACUCGUUAGACACGGUCUCUUCUGCCGCCAGCUACUACCGUCGCCUCACGACGCUGCACCUCGUCCAAGUCAGGAUCCAUGACAGCUUCACGAUGUACCUUGGCGAGUCCUGCCUGGUGGCUGGUGCUAGAGGAGCUCCACAUGGAGAGGUGCAAUAUAAUCACAAGUGA